GGUAACAUACACCAUGUCUAAAUCUUGAAUGGCCUGAGCCUCUCGUCUUCAAACUAGUUCAUUUGGAGAUGGAUUUUUCCGCCUCUAUGUAUUUAAAAAAUCUUUUGACUCUCCUUUAUUAUUUUAAAUCCAAUCCUUCCUAGAAAUUCCCCAACCAUAUAAAGAGCCGUGACCCUCCAAUUUGCAGCAGGAAAAAUUGUUAAGGCCGUAUAGCGGCUCUCUGUAUCGAAGAGAAGGAACAGAGAGGGAGAGAGAAUGACCUCUAUCUCCUUCUCAAUGGCUUCUUCCUCAUCCCGCCUUAUCCUCUCCUCUUUCGUCGGGGACUGCCGCAUCCAAUCAUGCCCAUCUCUCUACUUUCGCUUCGGUUACAAACCAGGAACUCGAGACAUGUCAAUACAGUUAUCAAGAACAUUAUGUGGCGUAACUGAUUUUUUAUUCAAUAAAAGAAAAAGUAAUGGCUUUUCUUCCAAAAAUCUUAAGCGGUUAGGACCUGGAAAAGUGUCACCUCGCUUACCUGUUCCAGACCAUAUACCAAAACCUCCAUAUGUGAAGUCAAGGCAGCUACCAGGAAUCAAUGGUGGACCUGAAGUGCAUGAUGAAGAGGGAAUGAAAUGCAUGAGAGAAUCAGGCAAACUUGCAGCAAAAGUUUUGGAGUAUGCCGGAACAUUGGUCCAGCCAGGGACAACAACUGAUGAGAUCGACAAAGCCGUUCACCAAAUGAUUAUUGAUCGUGGUGCAUACCCCUCCCCUCUUGGCUAUGGUGGUUUUCCAAAGAGUGUCUGUACAUCUGUAAAUGAAUGUAUUUGUCAUGGAAUACCAGAUUCUCGUGCUCUUGAGGAUGGUGACAUAAUCAACAUUGAUGUUACGGUCUACCUGAAUGUAAGUUCUUAUACUUCACCCGUCCCUGCUCUGGGUUAUCAUGGCGAUACAUCUGCAACUUUCUUUUGUGGCAAUGUUGAAGAGGAAGCUAAGCAAUUGGUUGAGGUGACGAGGGAGUGUCUCUAUAAGGCAAUAUCAGUAUGUGGACCGGGUGUGGAAUUUAAGAAAAUUGGCCAGACAAUACAUGAUUAUGCAGAUAAGUUUCGUUUUGGUGUUGUGAGACAGUUUGUUGGCCAUGGUGUGGGACGGGUUUUUCAUUCUGAUCCUGUUAUUCUCCAUUACAGAAAUAAUGAUCGUGGACGAAUGGUGCUCGGUCAGACCUUCACAAUCGAACCAAUGCUGACAUUAGGUAGCAUUAAUCCCAUUAUGUGGAAUGAUAAUUGGACUGUUGUUACAGAAGACGGCAGCUUGUCUGCACAGUUUGAGCAUACAUUAUUGAUCACUGAGAAUGGGGCAGAAAUUUUAACUCAGUGUUAACCCUGUAUGUCAAUGGGAGUUGCAUUGAUUUUAUUCAUUCAAGAAAUUGAUUCUUCCUAUUCUUUAGCCAAGUUUUGUAUCAUAACUGUUCAUUAGCAUAAUGUAGCCUCAUACUGCUUACAUUUCCUUUUAAUAAAAUUCUCUUAUGGUUCUGCCAGGGAAUCAUGUUACUAAAAAUACAUGGUUCCUCUAAUAAAUAUGUUCACAUUUUC